AUGAUCUUAUUCAAUAAUAAAGCUAAGAUGGAACCUCAGCCUAAAAAUAGAUGGGUAAUGUCUGACUCUGAAGAGGAAGAAGAAGAAGUAAAACCUCAAGAUGAGCACAUCAUCACUUCUCUUCCCACAUUAGAAGACGCCAAAGCGCCCAAACCCAAAAAGAAAAAGAAAUCAAAGUCAAAACCUAAGGAAGAAGAAGAAAAAGUGGAUCCAAAUCUCACAACUAAGAUUGUGGCUGAACAAAAAGUUGAAGCUAAAAAUCUAAGACCAGAUGGGACAACAGCCUCUAAGAAAGAAGUGCAAAAAAAAGAGCUUGAUGAGCUUGACUCGAUUCUGCAAGAAUUUGGCUUACAGCCACAAGAUAAAACAGCUGAGCAGCAGGCACAUGAAGAAGAUAACAAGCAAAAUCAGCAGAAAGGCAAAGCUAAAUCUUCGAAAAAAGAAGUGUUUGAAAGCGUUCGGGCUGAAAUCAAUGCUCGAAAUACCAAAAAGUCUAAGAAAAAAGAUAAGAUGAAUUAUCCUAGAUAA